ACUGACAAGUUGCAGACUUGCAGUUGCACCCAUUUUCUGUAAUCCAUAGUGUUUAGGUUGAGAGUUGAGAGAGAAGAAUGAGUGGGGUUUCAGCUUCCCCACCACCCACCUUCUUUUCUCUUGAAGGGAGGCCCAUGACUAGGUCUUUUUGUUGCCAUCAACCCCUCUCACAUCGCAAACUCAGAUUUAACAGCCUUGGAAUUGGGUGUAGGGGAGGCGGGUUGCAGAGGGAUAGAGUAGUACAGUGCAACAGCAGCACUAAUCCACCCCCACCUGGUUCGGGUGACAGUGACAGCAGAAGCAUUCUGGAUGCCUUCUUCUUGGGAAAGGCUUUGGCGGAAGCACUGAAUGAACGUAUCGAAUCCACAGUUGGGGAAUUUCUGAGUGUAGUUGGUAGGUUGCAAGCUGAGCAACAAAAGCAAGUACAAGACUUCCAGGACGAGGUGUUGGAAAAGGCCAAGAGAGCCAAAGAGAAAGCGGCCCGUGAGGCGCUGGAAGCACAAGGACUCAUUCCCAAGUCUACCCCAGCAGCUACUGACAGUGUUACUUCAACAGCUUCAACGACGAGUGCGGAAACCCCUGCAAAUUCACCCUUGCUGUCUAACCCAAAUAGCCCUCGUCCCCCUAACGAGGACCCUGUUUUAGGCGUGCCAAAUGAGGAGUGAACAUCCAUCUGGGUUUGGCGUGUCUUACAAUUUUAUGUGUUGUACUGAAUUUGGAUCACAGCAACUAUUGUGUUUUCAAAUAAAUGAGUGAUUGCAGGUUUCUAUAGUCUCA